AUGGGCACCUGGACCUCAGCCACUGAUGUCUUCCUAAAUCUUUGGGAAAUUUAUGUGCUUCCAAGAAGCCCAGGAUGGAUGGGCCUUACCCAGCAUCUGGUGGUCUGCUGCUUCAUGGCUUUCAUUUCAGUGAGCCUCCUCUCUGUGGCCUUCUACUGGCUUCUGCCAUCCGCUAUAGCAUUCUCCACCGCCUGGGUGAUCCUGUGUGCUCUGCUGAGCUCCUCCAAGCAUGCGCGCUGUUUCAUUCUUCUCCUUUUUCUCUCUUGUGGCCUCCGUGAAGGCAGGAAUGCUUUGAUGGCAGCUGGCACGGGGAUAGUGAUCUUUGGACAUGUUGAAAAUAUUUUUCACAACUUUAAAGGUCUCUUGGAAUGUAUGACAUGCAACCUAAGGGCAAAGAACUUUACUAUUCAUUUUCCACUUCUGAAAAAAUACAUCGAAGCCAUUCAGUGGGUGUACGGACUUGCCACGCCGCUGAAUCUCUUUGAUGACCUUGUUUCUUGGAACCAGACCCUGGUGGUCUCUCUUUACAGUCCAAUUCAGGCUCUGGAGGCACAGCUAAACAGUACUAAAGGGGAAGUCCUGAGUGCCUUGUAUCACAUGAUAACCAUGACAGAGAUAUGGUCCUCCCUGGGUCAGAAGCUACUCACCUUUGCUGGGCUUCUGCUAAUUACACUCAGCACCGGCCUUUUCAUGAAGCGCUAUCUGGGACCUCGUGGUCGGAAGUAUGAAAACAUCUAUAUCACCAGACAAUUUGUUAAGUUUGAUGAAACAGAGAGAGAUCAGCAGAGACCCAGAGUCCUCCCACUCAACCAGAAGGAGAGGAAGAAAUAUGUUGUUACUCCGUCUUUACGGCUAUCUCCUAAAGAAAGGAGAAAUUUGGGUUUGUUUCUUCUCCCAAUCCUUGCCCAUCUCUACAUCUGGGUGCUGUUUGCGGCCGUGGAUUAUCUGUUGUAUCAGCUCAUUUUCUCAGUGAGCAAACAGUUCCAAGGUUUGCCGGGGCUUCAGAUUCACUUGAAACUACAAGGAGAGAAGCAAGGAACUCAAGACCCCCUCCAUGGUUCUUCUUUCAAUAUAUCUGUGUUUGAACCAAGUUGCAUCCCUAAACCAAGGCUCCUUCUGUCUAAGACUUGGCUUCCUCUGAGCAUCAUUCUUGUGACAUUGGUACUGCUGGGACUGUUGUCCUCCAUCCUGAUGCAACUUAAAGUCUUGGUUUCAGCCUCUUUCUACCCCAGUGUGGAAAGGGAACGCAUCCAAUACUUACAUGCUAAGUUACUGAAGAGAAGAUCAAAGCAGCCACUAGGAGGAGUCAAAAGGAAACUGACUCUCUAUUUUAAAAAGGUUCAUUUCUGGUUUCCAGUCCUGACAAUACUUAGAAGGAAACACAGGAACAAUGCCGCUGAAGAUAAUCUAUGAGAGACACUGAGUAGUCCCCUGCAUCAGCACUUCUAUUGGGGUUGCUAAUCGGCAAAGUCACAAGGCCUGAAGAAGGGUUUGAGUUUUCAGAACCACUUUACCUCCCUGGUUAUGCUGCCAAACUACUGCCCAUCAAACAACCAAAGAGCUACUGGGUAAAUGUUUUUGUA